GUGGCGCUGCAGCACUUAGGCAGAUUGGACAUCAUCACUGGAGGUGGGAGAACGCAAACAUGCUACCGCAGCACGCAGGAGCUGAAUGAUCACCAUGGCAACAACAGCAUCAGCAUCAGUACCAGAAGCAGCAGCAGCAGCCGUGAGCCGCUAAUGUCCGUGUCAACACUGAGACCUGCUCCGGCUCUCUACACACACUCUCUCCCUCUCAACUUAAUGACAUAGGAUCAAAGCGGGUGCGCGGAUCACGCCUUUAGGUUGUGCAGCAGCGCCGUCGCACAGGCAGGUGAUGGAAUAGAUGAUGUCGGAAGUACAGGGCACUGUAGAGUUCUCGCUGGAGCUGCACAAGUUUCACAAUGUGGAUCUCUUCCAGAGAGGCUUCUAUCAGGUGAGGGCAGGGCUGCGUGUGUCCUCUCGGGUUCCCCACAGAAUAACUGCCACAACACCUGGAUACACAGGCGAGUGCAGUUUCAGCAGUGCAGGGGUUCAUGAUGGUAGUGUCUUCAGCCGGAUCUUUCAGAUCUUGUACAGGAAUGAGGAGGUGACCCUGGAGGACCGUAUGAACUUCAGAGUGCACCUGCUGCUGGACGGGGAGAGGGUGGAGGAAGCUGUGAGUGAGGUGGACGUCCAGCUCAAACUAGAUCUGCACUUCACUGACAAUGAACAGCAGUUGGCGGAUAUCUCUUCAGUGCCUCUGAUUAGCAGCAGGACUUUGGGAUUGCACUUCCAUCCACACCAAGGCCUACACCAUCAUCUGCCCGUCAUGUUUGACUAUUUCCACCUGUCUGUCAUCUCCGCCUCGAUCCAUGCCUCCUUGGUGGCACUGCACCAACCACUGAUCAGUUUCGCGCGCAGUGGUAAGGGGGCGUGGCUGGGUAAAGGCUCUCCAGAGAGUAAAGCUCCACCCUCUGCAAUGUCAGUGGAGAAUAUGUUUGGGGCGGGAUAUUGCAAACCUGUGCCAACAGAGGGCAGUUUUUACGUGCCGUCGGAGAACUGUCUGCAGAGAGCUUACACGUGGCACCGGCGCAUCUGUAAACUGUUGCUGGCGGCUCAAAGAUCUCUGCGCUUCUAUUACACGACGCUAAUGAAGGAGAUCCCUCAACUGCAGCACAUAGAGAUGGAGGACCUUCCUUUUGAAGAAACAUUAAACCAGCUCACCACUGAACUGCAGUUGCAGAGCGGUCAUGAGAAGGUAGCAGAACAGAUCAGUAAAGAUCUGACUCAGCUCUGUGCUCAGCUGUCAGCUCUUUGGACACAGUUUUUGGAAGCCACGGUUCCUAAUCCACAUAUCCGCUCACAUCUGGCCCAGGAGCACCACACACUCAGGGUCAGGAGAUUUUCUGAAGCAUAUUUCUUCACUGAACAUCCCAAAGAGUCCUCACUCACCUUUCAGGAGGACCUUAUCAACAGACAUGCACAGGUGGCCACAGAGAUGCGCAACUCUGAUUACCUGCUCCAAAUGCCUCCACUUCCUGUGGAAUGCCUGGACAUCGACGGAGACUGGAGCAGCCUGCCAAUCAUCUUUGAGGACAGAUACGUGGACACGCCCUGUUUAGACUACAACCUCCAUGUGGAAAAUCAGACUGUCUUAAACUCUCAGCCAUGUCCUGAGCCAACAGGGUUGAAAGAUCAAACCAUCAGUCCGGUUGAGGAAACACAGGACACCAAUUCACCAGCAACACCCCCUAAUGAACCUCCCUGUGAAGAUUACAUGGACUUGCCCACAUACAUGGCCCUGAUUGGCCAGCAGGAGGACUGCAUCACUGACUAUAAAGAGACCGGAGCUCAAGGAGAGACUCUGAUUGGCCAUGUGGGAGAGACUGAUAUUUAUAGAAGCGAAUAUAUCAUAACCUCAGAUUCAAGAACUGAUUCUGUUGAUAAGGCCACAUGCCAGUGUGAAACUGAGGAAGGAUUCAAUGUUGACUGUAGGUCUGUAGACAGCGAUGAAGCAAUAGAUACAGAUAACCUUGAGAAAGGUAGUUGCCAAAAAGAAGCAGUUGACUUUGUUGAAUCUGAUCGUUCAGAUCUUAAACAAACAAAUGUUACCCAAAAUACAGAUUUUAAUACCGUACAGACUUUGCUGCUUGUUCCGACGGAUGCUGAAGAACCUCCCAACCUCACCAGCCUUGACAGCUUUGAGUUCUUGCCCACUCAUAACCAUGACAACCAUCUUGAAACACCAGGCAAUUCUGGGAGUCUUGGCAACGACGAGCCACAGUCAGUAUUAGAUAACAGAUACAUUGAAGCACCUGCAAAGGAUUAUGGGAGCAAGGAUACAUCACCAGCUAAUCUACUGAACACCAACUCACUGGGAACCGACACUUUAGCCACGUCCCCUACUCGUAAUGUUCUACAACAGAUCCGUCGCUUGUCUGAAACCCCACCCAAGGGCAUAUUCUUGGGCGGGGCUAAGCUAAUGAACCGCUCCUCCUCCGUAAUCUCAGAUUCUGGUAUUGAGAGUGAGCCAAGCUCUGUGGCCUGGACUCUGGAGGGUCGAGGAAUUGUCGGAGGGAGUCGUGACAUCUUGCAGAACUUGGCACAGCGUCAGCCGGCGCAUCAGAGGUCUUUGGAGGGCCUACAGAUGGAAAGUCACGGCAGCCUUCCUACGCAGGCCUCUCUGACCUCCAUAAGCUCCCUGCCUUAUGAAGAGGAGGAGGAGAGGCAGCUCAAUACUUUGACCAAAUCCGCCUCAGCACCACAGAUCAGCAGUCCUGACGACACAGAGGAAGAUCAUAAAACACCCAAUCAGGAGAAGUUCACGAGUCUCAAUGAUGAAGCAGCCAAUAAGGUUAAACGGAAUAUUCAAGGCAAUUCUAGGGAGGACAGAGAGGAAACAACCAAUCAAAAGAAAGGGAAUGUUUGUUCGUCACAUCAGCUAAGGCAGAGUGAGGAAGCAGCCAAAGAAAUGAAGCAGAAACUUCAAGGGGUUACUAAAGAGGACAAAGGGGAAACAACCAUUCAGGAGAUAGACGUGGAUGAGUUGUCCAAUCAGGAAACAGCAGAUCUUGAAUUUGCUAAUCCAGUAAUGUUACUACACCAGCAAUUUGGGACACUCAGUGGUGUUGAAAAUGCCACAGUGGAGGAACCAACUGAAAACUCAGACAAAUGUCAAGCAAACAUAUUACUUGAAGCGCAUUCUGGUCUAACUGAUGACACCACAGAGAUCUGUAGCUGUGAAAAUGAAAAUUGCGAACACAAGGGGGUCCUAGAAUCAAACAUAUAUCAAAAGGGCCCCGAUGACAUCAGUGUCUGUCACAUUAAUUUGAAUGAAUUUGAAGUAGUAAGUAUGGAGAACCUUCCAGAUCCACCAAUCAAUGCCAAGAGCAGUUACACAAUUGCUGCCAAUGAGAAAGACAUGCCUGCUGAUCUCAUCAUGCUUCCGGUCAAUGAGAGAGAACAGCAGGCUGUAGAGGGGCAGAGCCGAGCCAGUAAAGAGCCAAGUACAGGUCUGGCAUUCGUGAAUAAAAAGGUGGUGGAGGUAGUCAACCUGUCUGUGUCAUGUGCUCCCACAUGUCUGCCCUUCUCGUCUGUGCUACGUGAUUCACCAUCGGUUAGCGGAAUCUCCACACGCCAGGCCACCUCCCCCAUUACCCAUCAACCCCUAGGCUCAUUUGGAAUAAUUUCCUCCAACUCCUCAUUCGGCACUGAUCAGGAAAUCAAUGAGAGAAUGAUUAACUUCUAUAAGGAAAAGGAAGCCAUGCUGAGGGAGCUGGUGUUUAGAGGCAAUCUCUACAGUGACCUGCCUUACCUCGCCUCCGAUCAUCCAUACUUCCCUCCUGAGGAAGACGACACAGAGUUUGAGGAUGGGAUCCACCUCGUGGUGUGUGUCCAUGGGCUUGAUGGAAAUAGCGCAGAUCUACGGUUGGUCAAGACGUUUAUAGAGCUUGGGCUGCCGGGAUCUAGACUGGAUUUCCUCAUGUCAGAACGCAACCAGACGGACACCUUUGCAGAUUUUGACACCAUGACUGACAGACUUCUGGACGAGAUAAUUCAGCACAUCCAGCUGUAUAACCUCACCAUCCAUCGAAUCAGUUUUAUCGGACACUCUUUGGGGAACGUCAUCAUUCGCUCUGUGCUGACCCGACCCAGAUUUCGCUGUUACCUCUGUAAACUGCACACCUUCCUAUCCCUGUCUGGACCCCACCUGGGAACACUGUAUAACAACAGCACGCUGGUCAGCACAGGUCUGUGGCUAAUGCAGAAACUGAAGAAGUCUGGUUCCCUACUGCAGCUCACAUUCAGGGACCACACUGACCCGCGACAGACCUUCCUCUACACACUCAGCAAGAAACCAGGUCUGCAGUUCUUCAGGAACGUUGUGUUGGUGGCCUCUCCACAGGACCGAUAUGUGCCCUUCCACUCGGCACGCAUUGAGAUGUGUCGGACGGCGCUUAAAGACAGAACCACAGGUCCAGUAUAUACAGAGAUGAUUAAUAACUUACUCCAGCCAUUGCUGAGUGCUCCAAAUUGUCGUUUGAUCAGGCAGAACGUGUUCCACGCAUUACCGAACACGGCCAACACGCUGAUCGGACGCGCGGCUCACAUCGCGGUGCUUGACUCUGAACUCUUCCUGGAGAAGUUCCUUCUAGUGGCCGGGCUCAACUACUUCAAAUAGCCAUGGUUUCCAGAUGACAUCAUGCCUUGAGUUGGGUGGGAGAGCCAAUCAGAUUACAUGUCAUGUCAGCCAAUCACGUUUUAUUUCAGAGUCAUAAUGAGCUCGAGAAUUUUUUCAGUUCAGUCUUUGGAUGCAAAGAAAAAAACAGAAUCUGAAUUCAGACAGUAAAUAUAAAGUCUGUACAGAAAGAACAUUGUAUACUAAGCAACUAGAGGAAACUAACAGCUGGAGGCCUACACACACCUUAACAAAGCUUUAUGACAUAGUAACUUAACACUAAUUAAUCCUAACUGGAGAGUUAAUUAUAUGAAUGUAAAUUUGGUGUGUAGCUGGUCUUGUAACAACUGCCUUGGUUCUUCAUUCCAUCAAGUCACCCAAUAUAUGUUUGCUGCGCCGUUCGUAACUUGAAGAGGUCAAUAUCACUGGCCUUUAUACUUGAGUAAAUUCAGUCAUUGGCGUUUGAGUUUUUC